AUGGCCGCAGUAACACCCGAGGAGCAGGCUGCCCUUCCGUCAGAGGCGGAAAGCGGGUGUCUGUCCACAGUUGCGAACGCCGAAUACAGAACGAGUCUAGACUUUGGAUACCUGUCAGAAAAAAAUGUUUGGAAGUCGGCUUCCCGUCCACAAGUCCAUGCGCCUGCCUUCAAGGAUACCCCUCUAACUCCGAUCCAUGAGAACUGUGGAAUAGCUUCUGAGAUUUGUCGCACCAUUGACUGGUGGAUAGGCACAUAGAAAGACACAAAAGACAAGAUAGCCAAAAAAAACUGAAGUUCGAGACUGGCGCAAGCUUGUCUUCGCCAUGG